GCUUGCUGGGUGGGCGGGCGGCGAUGGCCACGAAUCAGCCGGUCGGGCCGCCGGAGGCGGCGGCGGCGGCCGCGUUGGAGAUCGGGGUAGAGUCCGGUCGCGGCCCGCGGGGUCGUCAUCGUCUGGACAAGGGGAAGGGAAGAGGGGCUACUCUGAUACUUGCCUACAAGACACUCGGGGUCGUGUUUGGAGGCCUAGUAACAUCUCCCCUAUACGUGUACCCGUCAAUGCCACUAAAGUCUCCAACAGAAGAAGACUACUUAGGGAUCUACAGUAUCAUGUUUUGGACGCUCACCCUCAUUGGUGUUGUAAAGUAUGCGGGAGUAGCUCUCAAAGCUGAUGAUCAGGGCGAAGGUGGGACAUUUGCAUUGUACUCGUUGCUAUGUAGGAAAGUGAAUGUUGGCAUCCUCCAUCCCAAACAUGUAGAAUUAAACUCUGGUGUUUCACAACAUGGCUUGCCAGAGGGCACUGAAAAGCAAAGUAGGCUUGGAAAAUUCUUUGAACAGAGCAUAGUUGCGAGGAGGGUACUACUUUUUAUUGCUAUGUUGGGAAUGUGUAUGCUAAUCGGUGAUGGUAUACUUACCCCUGCAAUUUCAGUGUUAUCGGCAAUGGAUGGAGUGAGAGCACCUUUUCCUUCUGUUAGCAAAUCUUUGGUGGAAGCACUCUCUGCGAUAGUUCUUAUCGUUCUGUUCCUACUGCAAAAGUUUGGUACAUCUAAAGUGAGUUUCCUCUUUUCUCCCAUCAUGGGAGCAUGGACGUUGACCACCCCACUUGUAGGAAUUUACAGCAUCAUAAAGCAUUAUCCGAGUAUAUUCAAGGCCUUGUCACCACACUACAUUGUCCAUUUCUUCCAGAGAAAUGGCAAGGAAGGUUGGCUAUUACUUGGUGGAACUGUGCUUUGUAUUACGGGUUCAGAAGCUAUGUUUGCUGAUCUUGGUCAUUUCAAUCGGGCCUCUAUCCAGAUAGCAUUUCUGUGUUCGAUUUAUCCAUCGCUGGUACUAACAUAUGCCGGCCAGACUGCUUACUUAAUUCGUCAUCCUCAUGAUCAUGAUGAUGGGUUUUACAAGUUCAUUCCAGGAUCUAUAUACUGGCCAAUGUUUGUUGUUGCCACACUUUCAGCAAUUGUUGCAAGCCAAUCGUUAAUAUCAGCUACCUUCUCUGUAAUUAAGCAAUCCGUAGUACUUGAUUAUUUUCCUCGAGUAAAGGUGGUCCAUACUUCCCCCAACAAAGAAGGCGAAGUUUACUCUCCAGAAAUUAAUUACAUCCUCAUGAUCCUCUGUGUUGCUGUCAUUCUUAUUUUUGGAGAUGGAAAAGAUAUCGGCAAUGCUUUUGGUGUUGUUGUCAGUCUAGUCAUGCUCAUCACCACUAUACUCUUAACCCUGGUUAUGAUCAUGAUUUGGAGAACUCCCAUGGUGCUGGUUGUGCUUUAUUUCUGUGUAUUCUUUGUGAUGGAAGGUGUCUAUGUCAGCGCUGUUUUCACAAAAAUUCCUGAGGGGGGAUGGAUUCCUUUUGCCAUAUCUAUUAUUCUUGCCUUUAUCAUGUUUGGUUGGUUCUAUGGAAGGCAGAGAAAGAUGGAGUAUGAGCUGACACGUAAGAUAAACUUCAACAGGCUUGAGAUAUUGUUGUCUGAGCCUGGAAUACAAAGGGUUCCUGGAUUAUGCUUCUUUUACACCAAUAUUCAAGACGGGCUUACUCCCAUUCUUGGUCAUUAUAUAAAGAACAUGAGAUCACUUCACAAAGUCACUGUUUUCACUACUCUUAGAUACUUAUUGGUUCCGAAAGUCGCUCCGCAUGAGAGAAUUGUUGUUAAUAAACUGGGCCUCAAAGGAGUUUAUGGAUGUGUGAUUCAGUAUGGAUAUGCAGAUUCACUUAAUCAUGAAGGAGAUGAUUUGGUCACUCAAGUUACCAAUGCACUGAUUGCGCACUUACAGACCUGCUCGAGUUUCUCAUUGCCUGGCUCGCCAGUGGAAGUGCAUCAAGAAGUUGCUGAUAUAGAAGAGGCGAAGCUUGCUGGUGUCGUACACAUACGAGGGAAGACUAGGUUUUACAUAACCAAUAAUUGUGGCUGGUUCGAUAAGAUUCUGCUUGGCUUCUAUGAAGUCUUGCACAGUAAUUGCAGGUCUGCACUGCCUGCCUUGGGGGUGCCAUUGCCACAGCGUAUUGAGGUCGGAAUGCUUUACGAGGCAUGAAAGCUGAUGCGUCAUUGCUAGUGGUUAUGAAUCCAACUUGGUCAUUAAGUCCUCGCAUAGAUGGCUUCUGGUUCUGGGAACUUCCAAUUGGAGGGAGAAGAAGCGGGUACUUAAUAGGGAGUACUGUCAGAUGAAGUUAUAACUACUUACGUGUAAGUUUGUAUCUACUUAAAUACACAAUACGUCUCAAUUCAGCCUGUGUUCUGCUCUUAUGAUGAUCAAAUACCUUUUCUAGUGUUCUUCCCCCAAAAGUUGGGGUUGGACUGGAAGAAUUGGAGUGCGGUUUGUGGAGUCUGGUGUUUUACAGUUUGUACGUGGAGAGUCUAAUAAAGUUGGAACUUCUUGUAGAUGGCGUUUUGGUUUUGGAAUGAAAAAGGGGGAGACAAUAGAUGGAUAUGGAGGAAGUCCUGCAUUAAUGUACUUAAAUCUAUGUUCUGGUC